AGAGCCGGCCGCGGGGCCGGAGCCCCACCCAGUGCGGAGCGCGCCGCGAGCCCCGCCGCACGCUGAGCGCCUCCGCCCGCCGAGCGCGCCGGCGCCGGGCCAUGUACUCGGGGAACCGCAGCGGCGGCCAGGGCUUCUGGGAGGGCGGCGGCGGGGCCGCGGGCGCGGAGGGGCCGGCGCCGGCGGGGACGCUGAGCCCGGCGCCGCUCUUCAGCCCGGGCACCUACGAGCGCCUGGCGCUGCUGCUCGGCUCCAUCGGGCUGCUGGGCGUCGGCAACAACCUGCUGGUGCUCGUGCUCUACUACAAGUUCCCGCGGCUGCGCGCCCCCACCCACCUCCUCCUGGUCAACAUCAGCCUCAGCGACCUGCUGGUGUCCGUCUUCGGGGUCACCUUUACCUUCGUGUCCUGCCUGCGGAACGGCUGGGUGUGGGACACCGUGGGCUGCGUGUGGGACGGGUUUAGCAGCAGCCUUUUCGGCAUUGUUUCCAUUGCCACCCUCACUGUGCUGGCCUACGAACGUUACAUUCGCGUGGUCCACGCCCGAGUGAUCAAUUUCUCCUGGGCCUGGAGGGCCAUUACCUACAUCUGGCUCUACUCACUGGCGUGGGCAGGAGCGCCUCUCCUGGGCUGGAACAGGUACAUCUUGGACGUGCACGGACUAGGCUGCACCGUGGACUGGAAAUCCAAGGAUGCCAACGAUUCCUCCUUUGUGCUUUUCUUAUUUCUUGGCUGCCUGGUGGUGCCCGUGGGCGUGAUAGCCCAUUGCUAUGGCCAUAUUCUGUAUUCCGUUCGAAUGCUUCGUUGUGUUGAAGAUCUUCAGACAAUUCAAGUAAUCAAGAUUUUAAAAUAUGAAAAGAAAUUGGCCAAAAUGUGCUUUCUAAUGAUAUUCACCUUCCUGGUUUGCUGGAUGCCUUAUAUUGUGAUCUGUUUCUUGGUGGUUAAUGGUCAGAGACAUCUGGUCACCCCAACAGUGUCUAUUGUAUCGUAUCUCUUUGCUAAAUCGAACACUGUAUACAAUCCAGUUAUUUAUAUCUUCAUGAUCAGAAAGUUUCGAAGAUCCCUCUUGCAGCUGCUCUGUUUCCGACUGCUGAGAUGCCAGCGGCCUGCUAAAGACCUGCCAGCAGCUGAGAGCGAAAUGCAGAUCAGACCUAUUGUGAUGUCACAGAAAGAUGGGGACAGGCCAAAGAAAAAAGUGACUUUCAACUCUUCUUCCAUCAUUUUUAUCAUCACCAGUGAUGAGUCACUCUCAGUUGACAACAGUGACAAAACCAGUGGGUCCAAGGUUGAUGUCAUCCAAGUCCGUCCUUUAUAGGUAAUGACAGAUGGGGCCUUAAACUGGAUGCCACUUGUAGACUUCUAUUAUAAGGAGUGUUCUGGAAUCCCCAUUCUAUCUAUGUAAUAUCAACAGAACAUUCACGGCCCAGCUGGAAAUCUGAAUCGCCCAUAUGUUCUCUGGCCUCAGGAAGUGAUAGAAUAAGAACAAAUUAUUUUAACUCAACGGGUGCUUUACAAAAUGAAAAACCACUUGUGGCACAAGAUGGGCAUCUGGCACCAUCAUCUUCUAACAUGCUGGAGAUUUUCAUUUCAAAUAUAUUUUUUAAAUGACUAUAUUUUCCAAGGCACAUAAUACAUUUUUCUCAAAAAUACUUCACUGUAAAAAUAACUUUGUCUCAUAUAUAUGUGUGAAAUAGCUAGAAGAUAUUGAAUUUUCUGUCUUGUUGUGCUCUGUUCAUUGUCAUGUCCGAUGUCUAGUUCAACCAACUCAAAUUUAUCAAGGAGAUAAUUCUACAACGAAAAAAGAAUGCCAAUCCUCUAACUUUAUCAGAAGCAAAAGACUUGUAUGCGUAGUAUGACAAAGAAGAGCUUCAGUUAACGUGCUCCUGAGCAAGCUCUAGAAGAUACUGCUGAGAAGCCUCAUAGCAAAGAGAAGAGAAUGAUGAAUUUUAAGGUAAUCAUGGUGUAUAAUUAUACAACAGUAGAAGAUGUACAUGGUGAAGAUGGUAUUGAUGGCAGGAUGGUAUCUCCAUCUACUUCAUUUCAAACAUGAACAUGGCAGGAUUACCCUCUUCUUUUCAUAGUUUCACACAAUGUUGCCAAGAGCUGUGGAUUUAGAGGAGUUCCAAGUAAAACAAUAGACAAAUUUGGAGGGAGAUGAAAAUAAGUGUUAAACUGUUUUGCUCAUCAGUCAGUCCACUACAUAACUGAUGGUCAGUGUUAGUGAAGAGGCCAUUUUUCCAUGGGUCCUUGCUUAGUCUUGUAAGACAUAGACCAGGGUGUGCUACCCCAAAAUAUGCCUCUUUGGAAGGAUUAUUUUGAGCUGAAGACAAUUGAGAAGAAGCAGAUACAAGACAAUCUCUGCCUACCCCAUUUGCCUAAAAACAGGACAUAAGUUCACAAAGACAUCCACCCCCCUGCUCUCCACCAGGAAGGACAAGGUUGAUCACCAGAGACAACUUUAGAUCAUUAUCAGCCUGGAAACCAGCACCAGAAGAAUCUACAUAACAAACUCCCAUAUAUUUGCCUCCCAAAAUUUACUGCCCCUGCAGACCCAAAUUCUUUUCCUUUGUCUUGCCACUUGUCUAAAAUUUCAUUGUUCUUUGUUGAAGAUGUAUAAGCCGGGGAGUUCUAAGCCAGCUCUUUGAGAUUCACUCAUUCCCUGGUAUCUCCCGUGUGUAUAUAAAAUAUACAUGCUAAUAAACUGCUGUUUGUUUUUCUCUUGUUAA